CUACAAGGUUUACGUUGGUAACAUGUUUAGUCAACUUCGAGAUCACUUCCCAGAUGCUUCGAUCUUAGUGUUCAAUUUUCGGGAAGGAGAAGGGCAGAGCCAGAUGGCUAAAAUCUUGUCCGAGUAUGACAUGACCAUAAUGGACUACCCUAGGCACUUCGAGGGUGUUCCAGUGCUUAAAAUGGAGGUGAUCCACCACUUUCUGAGGUCAUGCGAGAGUUGGCUCUUGCUUGGGCAUCAAAACGUGCUGUUGAUUCAUUGUGAACGUGGCGGUUGGCCUGUUCUGGCCUUCAUGCUGGCUGCACUCUUGCUUUACAGGAAGCAGUACAUUGGGGAACAGAGGACAUUGGACAUGGUCUACAAGCAGGCUCCUUGGGAGCUUUUGCAUUUGCUGUCGCCAUUGAAUCCAGUUCCUUCUCAACUUCGGUAUCUGCAGUAUGUCUCGAGGAGGAGUGUAGUGUCAGAAUGGCCUCCAGUCAAUAGGGAACUUGUGUUGGACUGCAUCAUUCUUAGGUUCAUUCCAGAUUUUGAUCGUUAUGGAGGGUGCCGUCCUAUAUUUCGGAUAUAUGGACAAGACUCAGUCGCUGGUGCAGACCAAGCUACUAAAGUAUUGUAUUCUACUCCAAAAAGAAAUAGACUCAUCCGGGCUUACAAGCAGCAAGAAAGUGAAAUCAUAAAGAUUGACAUCAAUUGCCGUGUUCAAGGUGAUAUUGUGGUUGAGUGCAUUAGCUUGCAUGAUGACAUGGAGCGGGAAGAGAUGAUGUUUCGAUUCAUGUUCAAUACAGCUUUUAUUAGGUCCAAUAUUUUGAUACUUAAUCGCGAUGAGAUUGACGUGUUAUGGAAUUCUAAAGAUCAGUUUCCAAAGGACUUCAGAGCUGAGAUUCUUUUCUCCAAGAUGGAUGCCACAACUUCUGUUGUUGUGCGUAGUAUUUCAUGCUUCGAGGAAAAGGAGGGCCUUCCAGAAGAAGCAUUUUCAAAAGUCCAAGAGAUCUUUAGCAAUGUGGACUGGUUAGAUAUCAAGAGUGAUGCUACCCUGAAUGUGGUCCAACAGAUGGGCGCACCCAACAUUGUCCAUGAUAAGUCUGGUACUGAUUCUCCAAAGAACACUGAAGCUGAAUUAUUGAAGUUGCGGGAUAUAAGUCCAAAAGAGAAUCAACCGAAACAGAAACCUGCGAAAUUGGAGAAUAACAGUAAGAGAUUCAUCGCUUCAAUUAAGAUUGAUCUUUUGCCUUGUUCACCUAAGCAAUCCACAAUUAUUGAUGCGAGUAAAAAGGAGGCAAAGCCCCAGAAAGAGUUACCGGCAUCAGUGGCAACAAAUCAAAGUUUACAUCCUCAAGUUGGCAAUAUAAAGCCUUCAGAGAAAGACAAUGGCUUACCCAAAAGUAUGGAAGUCAGUCAUCAAAUGAAUGCAUCUCUAGCACUCUCCUUGGCCAUUUCACCUGUAUCUAAAUCCGUGGAAUCAAAAAGUGAUUCCUUUGCACCAUUGACACCGCUACAACCUGAUUUGAUACGGCCUGACGUGGUUUCCAAUACUAUAGAAACUCUUCCUUCACAACCACCUCCACCACCACCAUUGCCAUCUUAUCACUUUUCAACUUCAAAAUUAGAAAAUUCCUCAACUACUGAAGAGAUUUCAACAGUUUUACAGAACGGAACUCAGGGAUCUAUAGCUAGCCCCAUAUGUGUUCCUGGAACUCAAAUUUCGAGUACAAUUUCUAGAAAUAAGCUGCCUAUGGAUAAUGAAAAUUCUUUGUCAAUUCAGUCUAGUCAAACUCCAUUUGCAAUGCCUCCACCACCACCAACCCCUACUCCUCCUCCUCNUACACCGCCUUUAAGGGUAAAUAUAUCUGUUAGAGGUAGACCACCUCCACCACCUCCUCCUCCUGUGCGUCCGCAAAAUCCAUCUUCGGUGCCACCUCCACCUCCUCCUGUUCCCACCUUUUCAUCUAAACAGUCCAACAGCUUGACACAAAAUUCCUCUUGUAUUCCUUCUCCUCCCCCACCGCCAGCUCCUUUGUUUAAGGGAGUUUCAAAGACUCCAUCUCCUACACGGACACUUAGUACUUCCAACAGUGGAAAAGGACGUCUGUCACGUACCAUGAGUUCAAAAAGUAGCAAUAAGAAACUGAAACCGUUGCACUGGAUGAAACUAACAAGAGCAAAUCAAGGAAGCUUGUGGGCAGAGGCGCAAAAAUUCGGAGCCAUAGCUCCAGAGAUUGAUAUGUCAGAGCUUGAGAAUCUUUUCUCGGCAACACUUCCAAUUUCAGCUCAUGGCAGGAAAUCAUUCAAGCGCAAUUCAGUUGGAUCGAAAACUGAAAAAGUGCAAUUGCUUGACCAUAGACGAGCAUACAAUUGUGAGAUCAUGCUCUCGAAGGUGAAAGUUCCAUUGCAUGUGUUGAUGGAUUCAGUGCUUUCCCUGGAAGAUUCAAUAUUAGACGCUGAUCAUGUUGAGAAUCUCAUAAAGUUCUGCCCAACACAAGAGGAGAUGGAAAUACUUAAGGGCUACACUGGAGAGAAGGAAAACUUGGGAAGAUGUGAACAGUUCUUCUUCGGGUUAAUGCAAGUGCCACGCGUAGAAUGUAAACUUAGAGUUUUUUCAUUCAAGAUACGGUUCCAUUCUCAGGUCUCUGAUCUUCAAAAUAGCCUCAAUGUCGUGAACUCUGCAUCAGAAGAGAUCAGAAGUUCCUUAAAAUUAAAAAGAAUCAUGCAGACAAUUCUUUCCUUAGGAAAUGCUCUGAAUCAGGGAACUGUUCGGGGGUCUGCUGUCGGAUUUAAGUUGGAUAGCCUUCUUAAACUCACGGAGACUCGUGCACAGAACAAUAAGAUGACUCUUAUGCAUUAUCUUUGUAAGGUACUCGCUGAUAAACUACCUGAAGUUCUAGAUUUUUCUAAAGAUCUUGGCAGCUUGGAAUCUGCUUCAAAGAUACAACUAAAAGUUUUGGCGGAGGAAAUGCAAGCCAUAAGCAAAGGAUUGGAGAAAGUUAUCCAGGAAUUGUCUGGUGCUGAUAAUGACGGUCCUAUCUCAGAAAAUUUCUGUAAGACUUUAAAGGAGUUCCUUCAAUAUGCUGAAGCUGAAGUGAGAUCGUUGGCUUCACUGUAUUCUGCUGUGGGUAAGAAUGUGGAUGCUUUGAUUCUUUAUUUUGGGGAGGAUCUUGCUCGAUGCACUUUUGAACAAGGUAUUGUCAAAAACUAACCAGGAGGUAUUCUGGUUUUGAAUUCGGUAUUUUUGUGACUA